UCUCCGCUAACACCCCUCUGCAGUUGGUCUCGUCGGGGUCUCCCCAACGCAGCAAGCGCACGUGCUCGGUGUUGUGCUGGGAAUUGCGCCGGUGUUUCAGCAGAUAUGAGACUCACGUAAAAUGUCAUCACGCGGCUAGCUUCGCUUACGCUCCCAGCUCCUUUGACAGAAGUGUGGAAGUGAAUACGACGCCUUUGCGUUUCAGAGUUUACGUGGGAAACACUUAUUUUCACUAAGGGUGGCGUCGUCACAGCGUGACCUGACGCUGCUCCCGUCGGAGUUCACCGGACUGAAGGUUUGGAGGUCUGCAGAGCAAAACCAUGAGCUCCAGGGUGUGUAAGCACUGCGGCAGCUCAGACAUCGAUGUUGACCAGGCGCGGGGCGAUGCCGUCUGCAUGGGCUGCGGCUCCGUUCUGGAGGACAGCAUCAUCGUCUCCGAGGUGGAGUUUGUAGAGACGGGCGGCGGAGGCUCCCUGGCUGUUGGACAGUUCGUGUCUUCAGAAGGUGGUCUUAAAAAUCCAACUUUUGGGGAUGGACACUUCUCAGGGAUGGGGUCAGAGUCCAGAGCUCAGACGUUGCAGAGAGCUAAACAACACAUCAACACCCUGGGCCACCAGCUCCAGAUGAACCAGCACUGCCUGGACACGGCCUUCAACUUCUACAAGAUGGCCCUCAAUAAAAGCCUGACACGCGGCCGCAAGUCUGAUCACAUGAUGGCCGCCUGCAUCUACCUGGUCUGCCGCACCGAGGGAACGCCUCACAUGCUGCUGGAUCUCAGUGACAUUUUGCAGGUAUGUUAUCAGUGUAGCGCUGUGAAAAAUGAUUUCACGUUUUAAUGUUAG